AUGACACCAUUCCUCAGCAAUCUCCUUCUCUUCUCCCCCCUCCUCGCCAUCGCCGCACUAAUCCUCUACGUCCUCGACCGCGCCGACCACCUCCGCCGCGGCGCCGGCCUCAUCCCCGAGCUCGCGCCAGUCCUAGUCCCCGAAGAAGAAGAAGAAGAGGAGGAGGAGGAGGAGGAGGAGGAGGAAGAGGAGGGCCCUCCCGAACUCAUCGACCCCAGCGACUCCGCCUCCCCCGAUGACGUCUCCGAACACGACUCCGGCCCCGGCCCCGAGCUUCAGGCCCCACCCCACAUCUACCCCGACGAGGACGCCGCCGCCCUCCAGGGUGCCCCCCCGUACCCCGUCAUGCCCCCCAUCCCCGCCCCCCGCGCCCGCACCGUCGGCACCAAGAAGGCACGCUCCCUCGCGUCCCGCGACCAGCGCCGCGCGUACCACGAGUUCCUGAUGGCGCAGCAGGAGGAGCGGGCCCGCGCGGCCGCAGCCACCGCGGACGACGACGAGGAGCGCGUGUUCAACGAGAAGCGGCGGCGCGCGCUGGCUGAGGAGGAGAUCGACGAGCGGCUCAAGGCGGAGCGGGCGAUGCGGGCUGCGGCGGAGCGGGCUGCGGCGGAGAGGCAGCGCCGCGAUGUGGACUGCUUGAAGGCGAUGAUCGGCGGUGAGGGGGGGAAGGCGUGGGAGCUCGCGGCGCUGGCGGCGGAUAUAGGGAGGAGUACGGAGUGGGUGAGGGGUGCGUUGAGGGCGGAGGGGAUGGUGGGGAUGAGGGAUGGGGUUUGGGGAAUGCUGACGGAUGGAGGGUGGUAUGUGCGCGUGGGGGGGAGGGAGAUGGGCGCUCUCUAUCUCGAGCUGGAGAACAGGGGGAGGAUGGAUUGGGGCGAUAUGGCAAAGGUCGUUGAGGGCACUCUGAGGCUCUAG